AAGAGCUUUCCUUUGAGCGGCUCAAUGCAUCCGGGAAAGCACAGGGGUUUCCGGCCUUUUGACUUGCAUUGUUUGGCUGGUGGCUGCCAGCGAAAGCGAAAGACACGUCGUCUUUCGAGUGCUUCCCGGACGGAUUCCACCCCAGAGAAGAAUUCACUUCAGUGUUCUCCACAGUCUCCUCCGAGCAGGAUUGGCGAAUUGCUUGUCGGAAAAUCAGUCAUCUAGUGCCAAGGAAUACGCCGACGUAAUUAUUAGUCCGGGUGAGUAGCUGAUUGUUGCAGGAGCACCAUGUCCGCUCCACGAAUCAGAACGGUGAAAGUUAGCCUGAAAAGUCCGCGCUCCGGUGGCGAGUCUCGAUCGAGCAGCGAAGAUGCAAAGGCGACGGCUGACGAUAAGAAAAAGCAACGGCGACCGUUGCGCCUCAGGACGUACAUCGGCGCAGUGGUGAUGUUCAUCGUGGUGUUCGUGAUCGCAGCGCUAGCCAGCGACUAUAUUGUCGGCACGUUGAAUUCAAGCAUGAGGAAAACGAACCCAGCGAGCGAAGCGCAGUCGUCGCGUACUGCCCGUGGCAGACCUGUCGCAGCCUCCGCCGACAACGGUGACGGUGACGGUGAAAAGGUGGUCGAUCCUACACUGGAGAAAGUAGAAAUCGUGCAGCCCGGGCUUGGUGAUGCGAUUCUUCCGGGUGCCAUGGCCGGUGAGAUACCGGGACCGGAGAUCGCAGACCCAUACAGUGAUAGCGAAGAAGACAGCAGCGACUUACCUAGUGCCAGUAGUAGUGGCUCUGCGAGUGAAACUGAUCCUGAGGAGUUUUGCACCACAGAAAAGUGCGAUGCAGCGGAGCAGCAUGAAAACACGGCACCGAGGCCAUCGCUGUUUGGCGUGGACGUUGGUAGUGGUGUGGACCAAUGGCGUAAAGAAGGCAGUCUGGAUAUCCUGGAGGAAAAGAUCGGCGUGAAGUUCCCCGAACACCACCGCUCACUAAACAACGCUGACGUGUCGAAAUGUCCGUUUGCCCGCGGGCAUUUCAAGUCACGUGAGACCAUCUACCUGAUCGACGUGAAUACGGAGGCGUACAAGAACCGGGUUCACCCAGACAACCUCACGGCCGUUGACUCUCUCGUGGAGGAACGAGUGCAGCCCAGCGUGCCACGCAUCCCGCUCAGGAGCGGACAUGAAAUGCCCGUACUUGGACUCGGCACUCACAACGUUGCCACACGACACGGAGUGGCCAUCAUGAAGUCUGCACUCAGCCUGGGCUACAGGAUGUUUGAUACCGGUUUUGCACUGGAGUUCUAUUCCCAAGAAGCUCUCGGUAUAGCUCUCUCUGAGCAGGAGUUGGAUCGCUCAGAGCUGUUCAUUUCCGUGAAAAUCGACUCGCGUCACUACACACCGCUACGCUUUCGCCAUGCCGUUAUGGAAUCUAUGAGACUGCUGAACAUUGACUACAUUGAUCUGCUCCUACUCAAGGACCCGUACUGCGGCAAAAACUGUCGACUGGUGAAGAGAGAAGAUCAAGGUAGCUGGCAGGACGCGUGGCGGGAGAUGGAGGAGAUGAAACGUCAGGGCGUUGCCCGUGAUCUUGGUGUGGCAGCGUUCGGCCUGCACGAGGUCACGGAGAUAAUGGAGAUGAGCAAUGGCGUCGGCCUUUCCGUGGUGCAGGGUUUCUUUGACCCCUUCCAUCAAGAGCGCGAGCUGCGUGCAUUCUGUCAGCGGAAUGGCAUCAUCUUCCAGGGCUUCUCCACCAUGGGCAAGGCAUGGCUGUACGCAGACGACACGCUAUCUGAUAACAACCCAGUACAAUCUAAUGAAGUCAUCGCCAACGUGGCUCAACGGCACAGCAGUACAUCACCGCAGACGAUUCUGGCCUGGGCACUGGACAGCAAUGUAUCCGUGAUACCCGGCACAAUGAAUCUCGUCCAUCUCAAGGAGAACCUCGCCGCCCUGGACCUGAGCUUGGAUGACAGCGCCAUGGACGCCAUCAACGGUCUCGACGGCAUCAUGGAGACGAGAUUCUACACGAUGCUGGCCGACCAUCAGUCGGAGGCCACGCGCGAUCGCAUUCGCGGCACUAAGGCGUCGCUAAAGCUGAAGAAGAAAACGCUGGCCGCCAGCAAGAAAGGCAUGUUGGCGCAAAGCAGCGUGACACGUAAGCUAGAGCGUGGUGACCGUGCAGUGCUGGUGCCGGUCAGCUGCCCGGCGAAGGCCACACCACAGUACGGUCACCUGUUGGCACUCGACCCCACUACAGGGGAGGAGCGCUGGUCGGUUGAAGUUGGCGGGCCGAUUUUCGCUGCGCCCACGGUCAGCGCGGACGGCUCGACCGUCUACCUAGCCACCGGCGACUGGCGUGUGUACAGUCUGUCCGCCAUUGAUGGCACGGUGCAGUGGGUGUUCGAAGGCAAUCACAGCGUGGCGGCGCCCGUCCUGGAGGACACGCGUGGCCGUGUGUACGUGGCCGACAUGUCGGGCACCGUGCACGUGCUGAGCGCUGAUAGCGGUGCCGAGGUGGCCAGUCAGACGUACGGACAGGAGGGUAUACUGCACAUGGCGAUGCAUUCACCGCACAACAUGCUCUACGUCAACACGCUGGAGAUGUACGAGCAGAACUUCGUUGCCGUCAACUACGCCACGGGGAAGGUGGAGUACGAGACGGACUUGUUCGGCGCCGCCUCGCGAGCGCCGAUCGUUAGCAACGAUGGCAAGCUGGUGUUUUCCUCCGGUGCCGGUUUCGUGGACGAGUCAUCACGCGUUGUCGCCAUCAACAUCGAGAAACGGAAGAAGAUCUGGAGUCGUACGAUCGGUAUCCUGGAUGAGCACGCUGCGACUCUGGCACUCAGCGCUGACAACAAGGUACUGUACGCGCUCCACCCGUCAGGCUUGUUCACCUGGUACAACGCCACCAAGGGUCGCACUAUCGGCGAGGUGUACAUCGGCGAGGGGGUUACCAUGGCAACGCCCAUACCGCUCAACUCCACCAUGGUGCUGGUUGCCUCCGGCGACGGAUGGCUCUAUCUCGUCUGCACUCGGCGCGCGCGCUACUUCGAGUUUCUGAACUUGAAGCAGCCGAUCAUCGAAACGCCACUGCUCUUCGGACCCAAACUUUACGUAGUGAGUCGAUUUGGACAUCUGUGGAGGAUUGACUUGAAUUCCAGGAGCAUCGAUUGGCAGAAAACGUUUGACAAGAAGAAGUUCAAUGCGCCUGUCACUGUUUACUAGCUGAGCUCUCUGCAGGUUUAGAGUGCAAAGUACAUUGAUCACGCUGUUCCCAUUUUCGCAGUAUUUAAUGGCACGCGACAGUCGCAGUUUUCAUUUUGACUACUUGCUCUGCCACCCCACUUGUCACCAACUUGAAGAAUUUACUUGCAAUCUUGUUGCCACCGCCGCCGCCACGGGCGCCCCUUGCAGGUGCUGGUCAAGAAUGCUCGGGCCUUCGAUUUGCUGUGUUUAAACCAAUUGCUAAAGGUUUUAAACAAACCUCUGUGCGCGUACCCAUAUUAUGUACAGUGAUCUGCGAGUCCUGGCUACUUCAGUACUUGCCUUUGGCCACCAUCUCCCUGCUUUAGAUGCAUUUCUCUCUGUGCAAUAAUGGCUAUGCCUUCACAUGCUGUCUUGAUCUCUAGAGGCAUUUAAAAUACUAUAGUCCCUGCUCGCUGCUCUCUGAAUUCAUCGUAACGGAGCAGAGGGCAGCACAGCUGGUAAUGCGGCUACGAGUACUACUUUGGCUGCCAUCGCCAGGUGUCUCCCCGCGAUUUCC